CAUGAUGCGUCCAGGUCUCGGAGUAGGAGUAUUUAUUAGAAAUGGAGAUUCUGUAUUGAUGAGCUAUCGUAAAGUAAUUGAUAUACUUUAAUAUUUAGGAUAAUGGAUAUUUAGCCUUACCUGGGGGUCAUCUUGAACUGUAUGAAGAAUUUGAAGAUUGUGCAAUUAGAGAAGUAAAAGAGGAGACUAAUUUGGACAUUGAGAAUCCACAAAUAUUCUAGAUGGUAAAUAUUGUAAAGAAGGAAAUAUAACAUCAUUUUGUUGUAGUAUUCUUAACUGCAGAUUACAAUGAGAAGAGUUAAUUAAUGAAUGUAGAACCAAAUAAACAUGGAGAAUGGAAAUGGAUUAAUGCUUAAGUCUUUUAAUAGCAUUACAAUGAAAAAUAAUUAUUUUAUGGUCUGAUGAAAUUGAUUGAUAGAUUUGGUAAUGCAGAGAAGUUGUUUAAUGUAAUAUUUAAUAAAUGAU